GACACGUAUGUACCAGCCCUGUGCAUGCUGGGCCGCCACGCUUAGCACUCGCAGGUCACAGCACAGGCAGCGCCUCGCUCUCACCAACCGCGCCGCCCGCGGCCGCUACAAAUAGUACCCUCAGCGCGCGCCCAGCACGGCACGCCGGCGUCGAUCGCACCACGCACGUUACUAUCAUCACUCGACCAAACUAACAACAGCUCAGGCUGAAACAGCGAUGACGACGACGACGACAACGCUGCCGACGGGGCGCGCCGUGGCCCUGCUGCUGCUCCUGCUGGCCACGACGGCGACGGAGGCCGCGAACCCGUGCAACCCGGCGCAGCUGACGCCGUGCGCGGGGCCGGCGCUGUUCGGCGGCGCGGUGCCGCCGGCGUGCUGCGCGCAGCUGCGGGCGCAGCAGGGGUGCCUGUGCGGGUACGCGCGCAGCCCCAACUACGGGAGCUACAUCCGCAGCCCCAACGCGGCGAGGCUCUUCGCCAUCUGCAACCUGCCCAUGCCGCGCUGCCGUUAUUAGCGGGCAGUAGUAUAUAUACUAGCUAGCUAUUCCAAUACAAUCAUGCUCAGUCGUUGGUAUAUCGUACGUACUCAUGUGAAGCAUGCGGUGCACACCAUGGAUCAUGUAGGACGUUCUGUUACAUGAAUAAAAUCCAGGACGUCUGAGUUUGUGCGGCAA